GGAUAUCCAUAGCUGAUUUUUCUUUCUUAUGAUGGCUUACACAUUUUCUUUCCUAUGAUUGCAAGGGGGCAGCGGAGAGCCGCUGGCUCCCAAGGCCUGUUUAGGGAGGCGGUACCGCUGUCAAAUCACUGUGGCCACCCCGCGAGGCAGCACUGGACUCAACACGGUGGGCCGACGGACGGGAGAAGAAAGGCGGAUAUUCACCGCCCCAGGGCCUACUGGCGUGCGUUUGGAGAAGGGCCAACAGACAACCAGCUGCAGACAAGCCCGCGCCACCCUCCGCUACGACCGCCGACAGACAGCAGUGGAGGAGGAGGGACGGCACAACUACGGGCGCGACUACGCGCUAGAGAGUAGUGGUGGACUGGGUGGAUGAUUGCUUCCUGCGCUCUUGUCGCAGUUCGGAAUUUGCAGUGCGCCUGCGCGUUGGUGGAGGAGAGGAGGGCGGUGUCCGGCCCUGUGUUUUGAACGUCUCGAUGCGGGUAGCUCACUAUUUGGCAGGAAGGUGAGGAGGUCGCUAUCCUGGCGGCGGAGUUCGUGUACGGAGGGGUCGUUCCAAAUGUGGCAGAGGCGAACAGGAGGCAGCAGUGGUGACGGUGGAGGGGGACAAACGAGACAAGAGGAGCAGCUGUCCUUACUACUACAGCGGAGAAUCUGAGUAGCCUAGUGAGAUAGGAGGACUGCUGCGGCUGCAGUGCUAACGUUCCUAGGCCGUCCUCCUGGUACUCCUAGGCGCCUAUCCCCCCCAGUAGGGAUUCAAGAGGGAGACCUUUUUGUGCUCUCCAGGACCGCAGUGGGCUGUGUGACCCAGUAUCUCCCCCUGGGCUGGGACACCUCUCAGGGUAGAUUUCGCGAGGAUUGAAGGAUUGCCCAUCGAUUUCACAAGGACUCAAAAGGCCUGAUUUCAUGAGGUUCACCAAUCCUCCAUUGAUGAAUGCCAGCACAUAAAAAAUGAUAUAAUUUAAAGUGCUUCUCCUAUAUUUGAGGAAGAACAAAUUGGUGAUUGGAUGGUGGAUUAAUAAGUAGCUGUUGUAUUACGAGAGUAAGAAGAUAUUUUGGGAGUUGGGAAGAACUGGAUUUUCACCCUAGUCCAGCAGCUUUGCUGCUCGCUUAAACACAGAUGAAUGAAGACCCCAUUUGGAAAAUCGCCAGGUCAGCGGUCCAGAGCUGAUGCAGGAGGAGGCUGUGGGGAACCAUAUCAAAGGCCUUGGAGAAGUCCAGGUAGACAACGUCCACCACCUCUUUUCACCUAUCCUGGUCAUGCAGGAGUCUCUGCGAGCAUGAUGAAGAGAAGAACUUCCCAUAAAAAGCAUAGAAACAAUGUUGGACCAAGCAAACCUAUUUCUCAGCCACGAAGAAACAUUGUAGGCUGCAGAAUACAGCAUGGCUGGAAAGAAGGGAGUGGACCUGUAACACAAUGGAAGGGCACAGUUCUUGAUCAAGUUCCUGUAAAUCCCUCUCUCUAUCUUAUAAAGUAUGAUGGAUUUGAUUGUGUGUAUGGACUAGAACUGCACAAAGAUGAAAGAGUUUCAGCACUUGAAGUCCUUCCAGACAGAGUUGCUUCAUCUCGAAUUAGCGAUGCCCACCUGGCAGACACAAUGAUUGGCAAAGCUGUGGAACAUAUGUUUGAGACAGAGGAUGGCUCAAAAGAUGAAUGGAGGGGGAUGGUCUUGGCUCGAGCUCCUAUUAUGAACACAUGGUUUUAUAUUACCUAUGAGAAAGAUCCUGUCUUGUACAUGUACCAACUCUUAGACGACUAUAAAGAAGGUGACCUUCGCAUUAUGCCUGAUUCCAAUGAUUCACCUCCUACAGAACGGGAACCAGGUGAAGUUGUGGACAGCCUGGUAGGCAAACAAGUAGAAUAUGCCAAAGAAGAUGGCUCAAAACGGACUGGCAUGGUCAUUCAUCAAGUUGAAGCCAAACCAUCUGUCUAUUUCAUCAAGUUUGAUGAUGAUUUCCAUAUUUACGUCUACGAUUUGGUGAAGACAUCCUAGGCGUCAUCAUGAACUUCUGCCAGAUUUGUGGAACUAUUAAAUGUAAAAUUUGUAGACACAAAGACUUGACUGUUUUUCAGUUAAAUGAAAGCUUAAAUGUCCCUGCGAACCCACAAUCUCUGCCAGCAAAACUGUUUUGUUCUGAAUAAUACAAAUUUAUGUGAAUGUGACACAUUUUGUGUAAGAGAACUCCUUUUCUGGAAGGAAGUCAAUAUAUUUGGAUGGGAGGGAGUUAAAAGCAAAGAACAGCUGCAAAUUCAAGCUACUAUUGUAAUCUUGAUUUUUUUUCAUAGAUUUUAACAUUUUCUUCAACCUUGCACUCACCUGCUCAACUGCCACAUGCAAGUGUAGCUUGCUAUUUUCGAUAUAUCUUCUUUUGCAACAUUAAAUUUAAUUUCUUGGCUACUGGCAGUCCUUGUUUUCUGAGUUGGGACAGAUGUGACUUUUCUGAAAGGUUUAAACAGUUUGUGCAGCAGUAAGGAGUGCCUAACCCAAGUAACAGCAAUCUACUGUGUUUCUACACUUUAUUUCAAAUUAAGCUUUUUAAGGACUUGCAGUACAUGGAAAUACUUGUGCAUUUUACUAGUCACAGAGCAGUAGGAUAUCAAGUGUUUGACUUACACACCUUUCAGUGAAAAGGCUUUAAACUAUAAAAAUAUAUUUAAUCUGUAUAACCAGUUAAUUAGAAAAUGCAGGUUAAGUGCCUGUGUUUACAAGUUGUAGGAACCAGUAAAAUACACACAACAAAGCUGCCUUUAACCCUAAAUGUUGUACUCUGUUUUGUUAUACGCAUUUCUCAGCAGAACCCAAGUGCUUGGUGCCACAAGUUUAACGGUAUAUAUGCUACUUAAGAAGACUUUAGACUACGCAUUGGCAAUCGGUAGUCUCAUUUAAUAUCAGACCCUAGCAACCUGAAUGUUUGUGUGUGGACUUAGAAACCUAAUAGUAGUUAAUCUUUUACAUGGUAAAUACAGUCUUAUGGGGGUGGGGGGGUCCUUUUACACUGAAGACCUCCUUUAGAGAAGCAGCAUUUUUUGCCUUCUGCUCAGUCUGCUGUAUUCCUUUGCUUUGUUUUGUUAUGGGUUUUGCUAUUGUUUUUAACCAUUUUGGUUCAAGAAGGCAUCUUCUCAAUGUAUUAUUUUUCUGGCUUUUCCACGUAAGGAGUGUCCAGACAAAUCUACAGUUUAAACCUGUUGUUGCCUUUUGUGGUACCCUUGCUUUGAAGUAUGCUGUUAACAUAAUUUUCAUUCUAUGAACACUAGAGUUCUGCAUGCCAGUGGUGUACUAUCUAAUGGGAGCUAUAGACAGUCUCAGUGGUUCAGUCAUCUGCAUUAGAUUGUGGAUGUAAAUAGCAGCCCACAACAGCAGAAUCCUUUCACAGUUUUAAUCUUGCAAGAUAGUUGUAAAUCAAGGUUAGGGUAUUUGUUGUUUUUUUUUAAGUGUAGCAACUUUUAAAAGCAUCAGAAUUGUAACAAGGAUCAGCACAGCAACAAAAUUGCCAUGUUUCAGUCAAAGCACUGCUUCAUCAGUCAAAGCACUGCUUCACAGAAAUAGAGUAUGUGAAGACUGAAUACAGUCAACACUUAGAAAGAAGGACUGCAUAGAUAUCCAACCUUAUGCUGUUAGUGGAAGGAUGCAGGAGAGGUGCUGUUAAUCUGAGAUCAGAGGUCUGACCUCUUUUGUGGGUAUUCUUGAUAUCAAAGACUCAGUGGUUUAAGCCCCUUUCUGUUCUUUUUUUUUUUUUUUUGCCUGAUUUCAUAUUUUAGCCUUAAGGCUUGUGCCUCAUUAUGCUGUUAAAUGGUAAUACUGUAUAAAUAUGGUAUCUUAACUCUUUGUCCCUUGCUACUAUAUUGCAUUAUGUCCUCUAUUUCAUCAUGGGCAACUAAAGGCAGGCUACUGUCUUUCAGUUCACAGCUUCUCAAUCCAGUCUUUAAGCACUGAGUCAGUAAAUUUUCAUUGUGUUUUAAACAAAGUGAGCAGAUUUGCAACACAGUGCUUUCAUCCUGCAGAUCUGUUAUGUGCUUUCUAUUGACUCUUAAGAGUCCUGCAUGUAAAUCUCAAAGCUGAGCCUGGCUCCAUGAGCCCAAGUUGAUAUUUGUGGCACAAGACUGAGUGUAUUGAUUACAUACAAAAUACAUUAAUAACUUAGUAUGAUGGAUUUUGGGCUUUACAUCUAAGGAAUACAAGGUUUGUUUUGAAAUAUUUGAGGUUUAGGUCUACUGGAACAUUUUUAGCAUUAGGCUUGCAUUUGUGGGUUUUAUGCAAGCCACUCUAAUAUACCACAUAUUUUGCUAAUUAGAAUAUAAUCUAUACACUGUCAAAUUUUAUGGUUGUUUUUAGAUGUCCCCAUUGUCUGUUGCAUGGGGUUUUUUUCUUUUCAUCUUUUUUCUUAAGUUUGGGGGGGGGGGUUUGUUUUGUGGUUGGUUUUUUUGAUAGCUUAAACCACCUUUUUGAGUUUUGAGACUAAUUCCACUCCCUGCCAUCUGCUUUGGGCUUUGUUUUAGGCUCAUGUUUCAGAUCUGCAUGCAGUGCUUGCAUUACCCUAGUAACUACAUGUUGGUCCCUUGUUCUAAGGGUUCAACAUUACUUUUAAAAUUUAUCAUAGGGCUUGUGAUGGCACAAGCCAUAGAUCUUUGUAUAAAAGUUAUUGGCCUCUCUCAUUUACCUGCUAUAGUAUUGUUGUAUAUUGUGUGUGUGCAUGAUGUCAGACUGCCAUGUAAAACUUCUAAAAGGAAAAAAAAACCUUAAAUGCAGACCAUCCUUUUUUGCAUGCUUAGAAGUUUAGAACGUUCAAUGUAACAAACUGAAGUUGCAUGUUAUAAUGUUUAGGUUUGGGUUUUGUUAAGUUUUUAUUUUGUGUUCAGUUUUUUGUGAAUUUGCUUGUUGUGCUGUUUGAAUGGUUGUUAAUAGGAUUAAAUGCACUGGUGAGGCAAACAUAGUUCCAACAGAAGGUAAUUUUCCAGUUGUAUGUGUCAUACAGCAUUUGAAGGGACCAUGUAUUCUGUUCAAGAAUAAAUAAAAUCACAAUCGAUAAGUAAAACACUACUUUUUUUUUUCUUUUGAGUGCCAAACCCUAAACUAAGUUGGACUACAUAAAGACUGAAACACUUUGGGUAAAAUCCUAUUUAUUGCAAUAGGUAUAAGCCUUCCUUAAAUGAAUUAUUUAAAAAUAGAGGCUUUAUCUUCAGAUAGAAUAGAUUACAGUUGCUUCAGGGAAAAAGAAUUAUGGUAAAAGCAGUUUCUGGUUCCUUGAAAAUGCUGUGCUUUUCGUAUUUUAAAUCAUUAGUGCAAUUUGGAUGGUUCUUGGUAUAUGUAUAGUUCAAAGGUCUUCGUGUUCACAUUUUAAAAUUAGGUAAUGACUUCAUCUUUAGAGCUCAGUUUCAUUAUUUUAAUUUUAUUUCUCUGCAUUUAGAAGUAUGAACACUUUAAAUCUGUUACUUAAUUCUGUAAGUAAUUUUUAUAAUUAUGAUGUAACUCUAUCCUUAAAACAUUUAAAAUAAAUCCUUUAUGUGCAA